AUGGGCGCCGGUGCCAGCGCCAGCAGUGCGGGCAGUAUGGCAGAGGAGCCGGACGAUGAUGCGCUGCUGAGCUUUCUUGGUGAAGACGUGGACCGCGCGGAAAGACUUCUGAGCCGGGCAGAGCGUCUGAUGCUACUUGGGCUCAAGAGGAAAACUUUUUGGGACGUGGUUCAACAUCUUGAAGCCAAGCUUGCCCCGAAAGUGGGCAUGCGAGAAAAGAAGCCUUAUAAAAAGAGACCCAAAAAGAAAGCUCCUCAUCAAGGUGGAAAUUGUAUCUUCGACCAGCUGAUUGGAACUUUGAAAUCCUGGGACGGCAAAGAUGGCAAGCCUAAGGAUGACGAGGUGAAAGCCUUUUUGAAGCAGCUGCUGCGUGAAGGCCCCCAGGAGACUAAUGUAAAAGCCUUGGAGAUCAAGCUGAUGGCCUUGACCCCGACGCUCUUUGCCUCUUGGGCUUGA